GAAAGUUAGGCUUGAGCCGUACAAAAUGGCGCUCCAAGAGGAAGAUCAGAAGCUGAGUGUAACAGUUAAGGGUCAGGUUUUUGAGGUUGGACCACGUUAUACAGACUUAGCUUACAUUGGAGAAGGAGCAUAUGGAAUGGUUGUUUCAGCAUAUGACAAUGUCACAAACGUUAGGAUGGCUAUUAAAAAGAUUUCUCCGUUUGAACAUCAAACCUAUUGCCAGAGAACUCUUCGAGAGAUCAAGAUACUUACAAGGUUCAAACAUGAAAAUAUCAUUGACAUCAAAGACAUUCUUCGGGCUCCCUCCAUAGAUUUAAUGAAAGAUGUCUAUAUUGUUCAAACUCUGAUGGAGACUGACCUGUACAAGUUAUUGAAAACCCAAAGGUUAAGUAACGAUCACAUCUGUUACUUUCUUUAUCAAAUCCUGCGUGGACUUAAGUACAUUCACUCGGCUUAUGUCCUCCAUCGAGACCUGAAACCUAGCAACCUUCUUCUUAAUACUUCUUGUGACUUAAAGGUAAGCAAUGCUUUCAAUACUUGUUAUUUUCCAUAACAUUGCAGUUGAAUU